AUGUCUCGUCGAUCGUCGGCUCUCGCAGUGCUGCUCCUCCAGCUUGCUGUUGCCGCCAUGAAAGCAACAUCGGCCGCCGAGAUCCUCUCGCAGGUUCCGUCGUGCGCCGCACUUCUCAUUGCUCUGGCUGCGGUCUAUCUGCACAUCACAAGCAUCGUUUUCGGCGUGCACUACUGGACGAUACCAGCCGGUAAUGGGGUUGUUAUCCGAAAGAUGUUGUACGUCGGAAACUUGAUCUACACCGUCCUGCAAGCCGCGGUAAAGCUGUCGAUCAUGCUCUUCCUCGGCCGCAUUUUUCCGUCCGAGACUUCUCGGAGGAUCGCCCAGGGCCUUCAGAUCAUUCUGCUACUGCAUGGCACGCUCUUCACCAUCCCGUUCGCGACGCAAUGCGUGCCUGUGCAGUCGGUAUGGGAUCGCACCAUCACCGAUCGCCGAUGUCUAAACUUGCAAGCUGCGGGCUACAGCAGCAGCGGGCUCGCCAUGGCGGAAGAUGUCGCCAUCUUGCUCCUGCCGAUUCCCUACGUGUGGCGGCUCAAGAUUUCUCUCCGGCGACGCCUGGCCGUCAUCGCGCUGUUCAGCAUUGGUUCAUUCGCGUGCGUGACGUCGGCGGUCUGGGUCAGAUACCUGGUGGAGUACAGCACCACGUUCGACGAGACGUGGGACCAUGUCGAUAUUGUGGUGUGGUCAUUCAUCGAGCAAUCGACGGCGAUGCUGUGUGCGAGCUUGCCCAGCCUACGUCUAUUGCUCGUCAGCGUCUGGCCCCGACGUCGGUCUACAUCGUCGGGGAGCUUUUUCAGCAAGGACGGCCCAAAAUACAAGUGGGCCCGGUCUGUCGAUAGACUGAGGCGACACCGAACGCAGAUACGGAGGGAUAGCGGCCCCGGACCGCAGCACCCGGGCGACGGCGUGCUUGUAACGACCAUGGUGGAGGUCGAUCGGCAGUCCUACGUGGCUCUCGACGUGCCGCCUUUUCCACCGCCUGCCUACUCUGCGCGUGGCGAUGAUGACUGGCAGCAAGUCGUGAGAGAAGGGAGAGUUGGAUAG